AUGUCCACACAACUCCACCUCUUUGUCAAGGAACUCCCAGCCAGUGAAGAAGAUCCAGCAAAAAUUUUCAUCAAAUCACUCAACUCAACCUCAAGUGAAUUUGAGCUUGUUUUUGAAGAUUCCACAGGAGAAGUUGAUAAGGAACUUGUUUUGGAUCUUCCUCUCCCUUCCAUUGCUCGUGCUCAUAAAAUUGAAUUGAAAUUAGUUUUACCUGAAGUUGGAUUUGAAAAAGUUUUUACAUUUAAUUUGACAGAUGAUGGAGUUUAUGUUUUAUUGGAUGGAACUGAAGGUUUGAAAUACAAGCAACAAAAGACUAGUUUUUAAUAAGAUUUAGUAUCAUACAGUGAGGAAAUUAGAAAUUCUUUUUUCAAUUAAACUUGCAAUUUAUUGAU